CCGUAAUCUCUGACCAAUAAGCAUUCCCCGGCUGCUUUUAUUUGCGGGCAGUUCCAACAUACAACUUCACAAAGCUUCUCCCUUUUUCUUUCCCUUGAAAAAUGAUUCUGACAGCGAGAUGGGGGAAGUCGCUGUUUAAAGCGCCCAGACCACCGCCGGCACCUGUGAUCCCAAACGCGGACUUGGUUUCCGAUGAUCAUAAGAACCCCACGGUUUUUGAAGAAUCAGAGGUUCUGAGGAGGCUGAGAAACGAGCCCAAUGCCGGGCUGGCUUUUGAGUUCUUCAAAUACGUCUCCAAUUCCAAAUCUUUCAAGCACACCCAGCGAACAUACGGAGUGAUGAUCCAGAAACUGGGCUGCAGCGGGAUGAUGGACGGAGUUCACUACCUUCUGCAGCAAAUGCACCUGGACGGGAUCCAUUGCUCCGAGCACACCUUCGUCGCCGUGAUCAAUUUCUACAGGGAAGUCGAGGCUGCGUCUCAGUCCUUGAAAGUGUUUUACAGAAUGCAAGACUUCGGCUGGAAACCCACGGUGAAGGUUUACAAUCAUCUGCUGGACGCGUUGCUGGGCGAGAACAGGUUCGGCAUGAUCAAUCCUGUGUAUAGAAACAUGAAGAAAGACGGCAUUGCUCCCAAUCUGUUCACAUACAAUAUUCUUCUGAAAGCCCUGUGCAAGAAUAACAGGGUAGACAGUGCAGGCAAGCUGCUCGAUGAAAUGUCUCAGAAGGGUUGCCCUCCUGAUGAUGUGAGCUAUACAACGAUCGUGUCCUCUUUGUGUGAUCUGGGCAGGGUGGAAGAGGCUAGAGACUUGGCCAUGGCAUUCGGUGCCACUGUUUCGGUUUACAAUGCACUCGUGAAUGGGCUUUGCAAGCAGGGGAAAGUGAAGGAGGCAAUCGAGUUGUUGGAUGAGAUGAUGCGCAGAGGUGCCACUCCGAAUACCAUUACUUACACGCCGAUAUUGAAUGCUUCGUCGGAGUUGGGUAACGUCCCACUCUCCCUUUCCAUCUUAGCCAAAAUGUUUGUGAGAGGAUGCUCUCCCAACAUCUACACUUUUACCAAUUUGAUUAAAGGAGUGUGUGGUGCCAGAAGGUGGAAUGAAGCACUCAUUGUGUGGGAUGGUAUGAUCAAGGAAGGGGUUUUCCCUAAUGUUAUUGCAUAUAACACAUUGAUACGCGGGCUUUGUUUGGCUGGAAAUAUGAACGCAUCUUUAUCUGUCUUCAACCAGAUGGAAAGACACGGCUGCCCUCCGAAUUUGACAACCUUUAGCACUCUCAUAGACGGAUUUGCAAAAUCUGGGGAUCUGAGUGGUGCAUCUGAGAUGUGGAACAAGAUGGCAGUGCUGGGUCUCCGUCCAAAUGUUGUGGUGUAUACAUGUAUGGUGAAUGCCCUAUGUAAAAAUUUCAUGUUCAACCGUGCUUAUGAAAUCAUGGAGAACAUGGUGGUUGAAAAUUGCCCCCCAAACACCGUCACGUUCAAUGUAUUCUUGAAAGGUUUGUGUGCAAGUGGUAAAGUUGAUUGGGCUAUCAUGAUAUUCAAUCAAAUGGAAAUGUUUGGGUGUUCCAGAGAUGCAACCACGUACAAGGAGCUACUGAAUGGGUUGUUUAGAAACAACAACCUUUCCCUUGGAUUGGAGCUUUUAGUGGAGAUGGAGAGAAAGGGAGUUGAGCUUGAUCUGGGGGCAUAUCACACUAUAGCUUCUGGGAUGCUUGAAAAAGCUCCAAAAGUUGUUGCGAAGAUGCUCGUCAGGGGAAUAAAGCCCGAUGUUUUCACAUUCAACAUACUGAUAAAUGCUUACUGCAAGGGAGGUAAUGUCAAACUUGCCUGCCAGCUUCUUGAUGCAAUGAGAUCAGAAGGAUGGAAGCCGGAUAUAGUUUCAUAUACCUGUCUCAUAUCCAGUUUCUGUGAAAUGUGCGAUUUCGAAACAGCUACGGAUUGUGUUGGCAGGAUGGUAGAUGAAGGAAUUCUCCCAAACGCGUCUACGUGGAACAUUCUUGUGCGCUUUUUGGUUAGCCAUAUUGGGUAUGCUGACGCAAUUCGACAUUUAGACAGUGUCUUGGUGAGCUGAGCUUCUUAGAAGGAAUUGAAAGUUCAAAUGUAGCCUUGGUGUGAAGAAUCAUAAAUUUAAUGGAGAAAUGCAUGAUUUGGCUCUAAUGUUGGAAGCCAUUUAGAUUUAAGAAUACUUGACAGAGAAUGCAGCUGGGUGGUUCUGAACGAGGAGAAUACGGCGUUAAAGAAUUUGCUUUCUUCAGGGGUUCUGAUGAAAAAGAUAUCUGAAAUUAAUCAGCACAGGACAUGAGCAGACUAUGAGUGAAUAUCACAGAGCUGAAGGGACGGGGCAUAGUCCAUGGCAGUCACCGUCGUGAAAACCGGCCUGCAAUUACAUACAGUCCCUCAUGCAUGGUCCCUUGAACUUUGUGGCUCACGACUCGCACAUCCUCCCCUCCACCACCAUUUACCUUAUGGCUACCUCCCAUCUCGGAAGGCAAAUCGGUGGCCCGAAGAGCAUCACAAUGAAGAUUGCGACUGCAUAUGAGCUAAGAGAGAAUGAAGCCAUUGCAAAGAAACAAAUAGAGGAGGGGGUUGCCCUUGUCAUACCUAACAGAUGCUAAUAAAAUUUCAAAGUUGAGGUUUUGUUUAAAUCAGAUCUUAAAGAUUUAUAUAAUAAAAUUUGAAUUGAUAGGUAGCUGCGGGGAUGAGGACUACUGAAUGAAUGAUGCACUGUUGCUUCCUUGGGAGAUCUGGAAUAAAUAAUAAACAGAAAAAAUAAGUUGAACAGGACGCUGCCUUGAUGUUGCCGUCUAGUCUUGUGAUAAUGAAGAAAGAGACAUCUGUAUU